AUGGCCGACGCAAACGCCCCAGACCUCGGCGAGAAGGCCGCCGAGGCCGCCAGCGAAUUCUUCCGUGAGAUAUACGGUUAUUUCGAGACCGCCGUCUACCGCUUCUGCAAGAACUUCUAUAAAUCCUUCGCGGAUGUUAGCGUGAACCGAUGGGCCAAGGUCAUUGCAAGUGUGGUCUUCUACAUUCUCAUCCGUCCAUACAUCGAGAAGUUCUUCAAGUACCUGCACGACCGUGAGCGCCGCAAGGAGAAGGAGAAGAAGGAAGCGGAGAAGGCCAAGCUGGGCGGGAAGAAGGCCAAGGUGUCUGCCAACUCGCUGCGCGGUGGUGACAAGGGCAAGGUGCUUGGCGAGGUGGACAACACGGAUGACGAGGUCGAGGACGAUGAGGAGGACGAGCUGGCUGAAGCUAGCGGUGUCCCUGAGUGGAACAAGAUGGCUCGCAAGCGCCAGAAGAAGUACAUCAAGAACCUACAGAAGAAGGAAGGCCCCAAGGCUGAGAAGUUUACCGAGGAGGAGAUUAUGGAGUUGCUGGACUGGAGCGAGUCCGAGGGUGAGAAGAAGGCGAAAUAG